CCGCUCCCUCCCUCUCCCUGCGGCCCCCAGACAUGACAGCCAUCAUCAAAGAGAUCGUGAGCAGAAACAAAAGGAGAUACCAAGAGGAUGGAUUCGACUUGGACUUGACCUAUAUUUAUCCAAACAUUAUUGCUAUGGGGUUUCCUGCAGAACGACUUGAAGGCGUUUACAGGAACAACAUCGAUGAUGUAGUCAGGUUUUUGGAUUCAAAGCAUAAAAAUCAUUUCAAGAUAUACAAUCUAUGUGCUGAAAGACAUUAUGAUGCCACCAAAUUUAACUGUAGAGUUGCACAGUAUCCUUUUGAAGACCACAACCCACCCCAGCUAGAGCUCAUCAAACCCUUUUGUGAGGAUCUUGACCAGUGGCUAAGUGAAGAUGACAAUCAUGUUGCAGCAAUUCACUGUAAAGCAGGAAAGGGCCGAACUGGUGUAAUGAUUUGUGCAUAUUUAUUACAUCGAGGAAAAUUUUUAAAGGCACAAGAGGCUCUAGAUUUCUAUGGGGAAGUAAGGACCAGAGACAAAAAGGGAGUAACUAUUCCCAGCCAGAGGCGUUAUGUGUACUACUACAGCCACCUGUUAAAGCACCAUUUGGAUUACAGACCAGUGGCCCUGCUGUUCCACAAGAUGAUGUUUGAAACAAUUCCAAUGUUCAGUGGUGGCACUUGCAAUCCUCAGUUCGUGGUCUGCCAGCUGAAAGUGAAGAUCUACACAUCCCCUUGUGGCCCCACGAGGCGGGAAGACAAGUACAUGUACUUUGAGUUCCCCCAGCCUUUGCCUGUGUGCGGUGACAUUAAAGUGGAAUUCUUUCACAAGCAGAACAAGAUGCUCAAGAAGGACAAAAUGUUUCACUUUUGGGUAAAUACAUUCUUCAUACCAGGACCAGAGGAAAACUCAGACAAAGUAGAAAAUGUAAGUCUUUGUCAUGAUCAAGAGAUUGAUAGUAUUUGCAUUGCCGAGAGAUCAGAUAAUGACAAGGAAUAUCUCAUACUCACAUUAUCCAAAAACGAUCUGGACAAAGCAAAUAAAGACAAGGCCAACAGAUACUUUUCUCCGAACUUUAAGGUGAAGCUUUUCUUCACAAAAACUGUAGAAGAACCAUUAAACCCAGAGGCCAGCAGUUCCACUUUGGUCACCCCCAAUGUUAGUGCCAAUGUACCUGAUCUUUAUAGAUACUCGGACAUCACUGACUCUGACCCAGAGAAUGAGCCUUUUGAUGAAGAUCGACACACACAGAUCACAAAAGUCUGAAUAUUUUUUUUUUAACAAGAGAGAAAAAAUCUCAGAGACAAACUUGAAGAAUCUGAAAAAGGACCUUUUUAAAAUGGCAAUAGGACAUUGUAUCAGCUGACCAGCAA